GCUGAGCCUCUAGUUGUUGAUCUUAAGGACCUCUUCCAAUUAAUAUAUAAUAUGAAGAAGAAGGAAGAAGAUAAGAAAAAGAGUGAAGAAGCAAGUAAGACUGAGAACGGUAGCGAAGCACCACCUGCUGAUCAUGCUGACAAAAUGAAACUGGGAGUUGACCAGAUGGACUUGUUUGGGGAUAUGUCAACACCUCCUGAUAUGAAUAGUCCCACAGAAGCUAAAGAGAUUCUCUUAGUGGAUCUAAAUUCUGAAAUUGAGACCAAACAGACUUUUACAAAAGAGGAUCUCUUCUUGAAUGGCACCACAACCUCUCUUCCACAACCAAAACCACAGCCACCCUUCUUGCCUGAGAGUUCUUUUUCUACCAAUCUCAGCUUCUUUCCCACACCUAAUCCAGAUCCUUUCAGUGAUGAUCCUUUCACACAGCCAGCCCAAUCUGCACCAUCUUCAUUUGAUUCUCUAAAAUCUGCUGAUCAGAAGAAGGCAAGUCUGAGUACCUUUACACCAGUGGGUAAUGGUGUUUCAAAUGGUGAUGUUGACUACUUUGGUAAACAGUUUGACCAGAUUUCUAACAGAACUGGCAAACAAGAAGCAUUAACAAGCCAGUGGCCACUUGAGAGUAAGUUGCCUGCAGCAAGAACGCCAAAUGGGGUACCAGAGAGAGAACAGAAUGGCUUUCCUAAAGCCCCAUCAAACCAGUUUGUGGAACGUCCUUCCAAAGGAGUAUCUCUGCAGAAUGGAGUAAAGCUAGAUUCUGAAAGCAAUAUCCAGCUUAUGUCACAUGAGUCUAUAACAAUUAGCCCACCACCUCAAAGUACCAAGCCAGGAAGAGGAAGGAGGACUGUCAAGGUGAACAAUGUUCAA